AUGUCAAGAGGUAAAUUAAUGGUGCAAGCGGUUCUUAAAGCUGACAAUAAGGAAGAAGAGGUUGACAGGACUCUUAAUACCCCUGAACCAAAUCAAACCAUUAACAAGGAAAAUGAAGCUAGAAAUAGCAGUGAAGCUGUAAAUAGCAAUUAUUCUGAUAAAACAAAAGAAAAUGAGGUUCUUGAUAAUAAAGUGUAUUUUAGCGAGGACGAAGGUGAUACUGUUAAAGAUCCUGAUUACGACUCAAGUUUAUCUUCGUCCUCAGACUCUACACCUUUAUCAGACUCAUCUUCGUCAUCGUCUAGUUCUCCAAGAUCCAGCAAUACUGAAAUGCUCACACGUCCUUUAAAGGAAAAUCAAAUUACAACUGCACAAGACGAUCAAGAAGUUAAAAAUGUGAUAGAAAAAGUUACAGAAAGUACAGAACCAAAGAAGACUAGGAAAAGGUUACCUAAGGAAUCAGAAUGGACUAAGGAAAAAAGCAAAAUUUUACGAAAUUUGGGCAGAGAGUAUACGUCCUGUGCAAAAUCUAAAAGAAUAGUAGCAGCAAAAAUUAUAAAACCACCUUGCUCCGAUAAAUGCAAAUACAAAUGUAUCAACAGGAUAACCCAGGAGCAACGAUCAAUAUUGUUUGACGAGUAUUACAAUUUAAUAGAUAUUAAUAGAAAACGAGAAUUUAUAUCUAGAAACAUGGAGUCGAUUAAGCCAAACUACAGAUACCCACAGCCUAACAGCAGAAGAUUAAACAAUGCUUUUUAUUUUCAAAUUAAUCAAGACAAAAUUCGAGUGUGUAAAUUGUUUUUUAUGAGAACCUUGGAUAUAAAUGCUAGAACUAUCUAUACAGUAAUACAAAAAAGUAUAUCUGGAUCUGUUAGCGAUGAUAAAAGAGGUAAACAUGGGAAGCAUAAGAGAGUAGAUGAUGAUAUUAAAAAUGGUAUCAAAGAAUUUAUAGCCUCAAUACCGAGAAUAGAAAGCCACUACUUGCGGGCUCAGAGCAACAAAGAAUAUAUUGAAGGUGGAAAAACAAUAGCAGAUUUGCAAAGGGAAUACCAAAUGCAGUGCGAAAUUGCCAAUAAACCUUAUGUACCUAAGGGAGACCUUUCUGUGUUUUAUUAUAGAUCUAAGCUUAAUACCAUGAAUUUAACCGUGACUGGGUUAGCAGAGGAUGAAACUUUGUGUUUUGUUUGGCAUGAAGGAGAGGGUGGAAAAGGCGUAACGGAGGUUGGUACCUGUAUUUUAUUCUAUCUCGAAUACAAGGCAGAAAAAUGUCAGUCUGAUGAUUUGGAGAUUACCUUAUAUAGCGACAAUUGUGCAGCGCAACAAAAAAACAGGUUUUUGAUAGCAGCCUUGAUUUACGCAGUACAAAAAUAUAAAAUUAAACAAAUAACACAAAAGUUUCUUGUCAUGGGCCAUACUCAAAAUGAGGGGGAUUCAACUCAUUCAGUUAUCGAAAAACAGGUUCGUCGGUCUUUAAAAUCAGGACCCAUUUUCGUUCCAGAACAAUUCAUCCAAUUAAUAAGGACUGCUAAUAAAAAAGGAGAACCCUAUCGUGUACGGGAACUAACUCAUGAGGAUUUUAUGGAUAUCAAGCAAUUAAUGAUUGAUUUAGGAUCUAACUUUAAUAGUGAAUAUAAAAAAUUACAUUUUACAGUUAGAGAAAAAGGACAAAAAUCAAUUGAUACAUUUCAAAAUAAUACCAAAAAACUAUGGCGUAACGAACAAGAACUUGCUUUAAAAGUAAAAUUAAUAGAAAAUAUAAUUAAACAAGAAAAAGCAUACGUUUAUAAUGUAGAACAAAUGUUUUUAAUUCACGUAACUGCCACUCAAUUUGCACAAGCUUUUCAAAGAAUUUAUGACAUAUUAGAAAGACUAGAAAUUGCCAUUACCUUUGCAAAAUUAAAUACAUUUCAUAAUAGCAUGGUGGAAUCAACAGAUUUAUUAUCAGAAAUAGUUAAUAUUCGAAAAAUUAUAGAAAGUAACUAUAGAUUACCUUUUGAACCUAAACUAGAAAAUAUAUUAUCAUUUGAAGGAGUACUCGAAAUAAAAAGUUAUAAUAAGAAUAAUCAGAUUAUUUUUAUCAUUGAAGUUCCUUUAGUCGAACCUAUAACAUAUAAUUACUACCAUAUCUAUCCCUUACCUACUUCUAGAAUACAAACCUUUAAAAUGAUUAUUCCCCAUUCAAAAUACCUUCUUCUUCAUGAUACUACUUACCUACGAUUCGAACAAAAAAUUUAUAAAAAUCCUACUAUUGAAUUUAAUCCAAUAAGAAUACCAGAAUUAAACAUCGAAGUAAAAUCAGAAGAAGACGAUAGAAACCACAUCGAAUUGAAGCCACUCCAAUUAGACUCAAUAAACUUGGAUGAAAUUAACAAUUUAAAAUCAGCUUUAGAAAUUCAAAAAAUUAAAAUUAAAAGUCUACCUAAAAAUAUUUUCAUUCCACAAAGUACGAGCUACAUUUCAAUUUUAAUAUUAAUAAUAAUAGUAAUUCUAAUUACUUUAUUUAUUUGUUUAAGAAAAAAAUUUAAACUUUUCAAUCUAAUUCAAAAAUGUAUCAAGCCAAAGAAGAAAGAAAAUCCGAAGAAAGAAAUUUAUUUAAAAGAAAUUCCAGAACGAAUGUCAAGACAAUCUAACCCUGUAAUUUCACUCUAA